CCUGUCUCUGUAUGGGGCUACACGGGCGGAACCCAGCGCGGCCCGUGGCGGAGUCUUCGGCGUGAUAGGCUGACCCAGCCUCGCCUGUCAACUGCCCGAUCAUCCGCUGUGUGUCGGAGGCAGGACUAAGUUACUAAAUCCAUACAUAGAACAGCGCUGGUACAUUACAGCUCCGCCAGGCAUCGUUUACGCUUGGCGUUUCAUUAAGUAGCCACUUUGAAAAGGCCGUUGUAACAACUAUCGCAACAGUUUAGCCAGUUUUUGUCAGAAAAUGUCUGAGCAGCCCACACGCCUCGGUCCGUCUCAGAGACCCCGCGUAGCAGCGGCAGCAACCGGCGAAAAAGCCAAACUCACGCAUCCUGGCAAAGCGAUCCUAGCAGGUGCAAUCGCAGGGGGCAUCGAGAUCUGUAUCACCUUCCCAACAGAGUAUGUAAAAACGCAGCUUCAGUUAGACGAGAAAGCCAAUCCACCUCGCUACAGAGGCAUCGCGGACUGCGUGACACAGACAGUUCAGGGACAUGGAGUGAAAGGCUUGUACCGGGGCCUCAGCUCUCUACUAUAUGGCUCUAUACCUAAAUCAGCAGUUAGGUUUGGCAUGUUUGAGAUCCUCAGUAAUCAGAUGCGUGAUGAGACUGGGAGGUUGGAUGCAACACAUGGUUUUGUAUGUGGCCUUGGGGCAGGGGUCAUGGAAGCGGUGCUUGUUGUCUGCCCCAUGGAGACGAUCAAGGUUAAAUUCAUCCAUGACCAGACAUCAGCCAACCCCAAAUACCGUGGCUUCUUCCAUGGGGUCCGAGAGAUCAUCCGAGCCCAAGGGAUCAGGGGAACAUAUCAGGGUAUCACAGCAACUGUUCUCAAGCAGGGCUCCAAUCAGGCCAUCCGGUUCUUUGUUAUGACCUCACUGAAGAACUGGUACAAAGGUAACGACCCCAGCAAGCCCAUGAACCCAAUAGUGACAGGCCUAUUUGGCGCAGGAGCGGGUGCUGCUAGCGUGUUUGGAAACACCCCUUUAGAUGUCAUCAAGACCAGAAUGCAGAGUCUGGAGGCUCACAAGUACAAAAGUACACUGGACUGUGCUGUGCAGAUCAUGAAACAUGAGGGACCAACUGCGUUCUACAAGGGCACCAUUCCCCGACUGGGCCGUGUAUGUUUGGAUGUAGCUAUUGUCUUCAUUAUCUACGAAGAGGUGGUGAAGGUCCUCAACAAGGUCUGGAAGACCGAGUGAGAGCAAAGGGAGAGAACAGAAGGGAGGGAGGACAUGUGCGGACAUCGUGAGACGCAAUCACUGUGCCAAAAGACCAAGUGCUUAAAAGUAUUUCUUAUGUCUCUGAUUUACAUUAUAGUCAUUAUGAUUACAUUACUCUUACUGUAGACAUUGAAAUUUGCACACAGGUGUUUUUAACAGUGGUUCAUCUGCUGGGUAGCAAUAUUUAGUUAUAAAGAAAUUGUUGUGGCAGCAUUUGUUUUAACCUCUAAUGUGCCAGUUGGGUGGAUAGUUAAAAGUAGAGGUUUCAGCUUCAAGGAACAUUCGCUUCUGAUUAGGGGACUAUCUAUGAGUAUCUCGCUGUCUAAUAUUCACAAACACCAUCACAUCCUCACAACACACGCACAAAGUUUCUUUGAGCUAGAGUUGGGAGAAUAAUACAGUUGCAAAGUAUAUAGAAUUUAUGCUUUUGUAAUCUGUUCAGAAUGCUUAUUUGUAAAAUGGAUUGUGGUACUAUUUGUGUUCUAAAAGAGACAUUAAGCUUUCAAAGGAUUUAAUAAAAUAAUGAAGUUUGAUUUAUAGUAGGUAGAGGCAGUAGCACUUUUCCAAAUUUAACUUGGGGCCUUUGCUAUUUUACAUUCCAAAUGUAAUUACUUAUCAGUGGUUGAAUGGGUGUAAUUAAAUGUGCUUUAGAUACACUACUUACUUAUUUAUUUAUUUAUUUAUUUUGAAAUUUGUACAUUAGGAUUAUUUUAAGUGUGAGUAUUUUUACUUGAAUACAAUCUAAGUUAAACAUUUAAAUCUUUGCUUCACUGCUUUUUUUUUUUGUCCAGCUGAGUUAGCAUAUUGUAGACUAAUGUACCCUUUCCACGAUUGUGGCUUAUUUUGUUAUUGUCCACAUUAACAGCAGUUGUUUGGGAUCCAAGCACUGUAGGAACUGGAACCCUAUUGUAUUUUUCCUAAUUAUUCCAAUUCCUUGCUGAAACGAAUCAGCCAGAUGAGACUAAAAGUCCUACAGACAUGAAAUGUUGGUUCAGAGGUACUAGUCCCUCCUGCUGCUCAGGCGCAUGAUUCCAGUCCAAUCACACCAUAGCUGCGUUAGCACACCGAGUCCAUAACUUCCAGUCCAUAACUCCUAUGUCAUACAGACAAAAUUGCUUUUUACAGUGAUUACUAGUCUUCCAGUCUACAAAAAAGCAAACCUUAAAAUUUCAAGAAACCUUAAAUUCUGCCCACAAAUGAUUUUGAAACCAUUUACAUAUUAUGCAAAAUCACAGUCAUAUUCGAAUGCAAACUACUCCUAGGUCUUUGAACAGACUUAUACAAAUCUGGCCCCCAGAUAUUCAUGAGUCUUUAAUAAUGAUUAUUAUCAAAUUAAUGUGAAAAUUAAUAUACCGAUACUGUACAAAAUAUAGCUCCAAGUCAUGAGCAUUUUGUUGGAAUGACAUCAAACUUCACAGGUGGGCAUCCCAAAUGGCUCUGGGGCAGGGCAAUUUUGGCAUACCUGGAUCACUAGUUGGGGCUAUAGCAUCUAAGAAACGGUCACACUCAUUUACGUUAUAUGACUAAUGUGAAACUUGAUACAUAGUUCUAUUUAUACCCAGGAAAAGAUGUCAAAUAUCCUGUGUCAUAAUAGUGCCCAGCCCUCUCACUUCAUACUAGACAUCUCAACCUCUUGAGCUCUUCACUGGGAUCAUGUAGGAUCCUCCCUUCAUCUGUGUUUCACUGAAUGACAUGACACCUCCAGAAGGCUCACAGUGAUGUCUGACAACCCAGACCCACCCCCUUCCGCACUUGGUUUUAAACCAACCAUGUACAAAAAUGUCUUUAUAUGUAAACCCACAUUGGCCACCCUAGUGACUAAGGCCAUACCCAGCCCUGUUAAUGACACCGUUAAUGCCUGCAUCAGUGCCACUGGUUCUUACACCCACAGCACACACAGAGUGUGCUGCCCCAUGCAGCCAAUCACUGCCUAACCCAUAAAAUCCAUUUUGGCGUCCUGAGUAACUAAGUCCUCACCCAGCCCCACUGGCACCAUUAAUGCAUGCUCAGUGCCACCAGCUCCAUCUGGAUCUACCGUUCUAGACAUGACACAACAAUCCACACACCUGCCCAGUCCUCCACAUACCUAAGACACUAAAUACCUUGGCCAUUCCAUUUUUAAAAUACAUUUCCCCAACUAACUUGUGCUUUCCAUGUCCACAGCAACUGACUACCCCUUUCAGCUACUUCAGAUAAUUCCUUCCUUGCUACCCUUAAUUUCCUGCCUCUCAAACCUCGUGCCUCAAAAUCUUUAAGCAAGAAUGUGGCAGACAUACACCUGCCACCCACCUCAGUCUCUCACCUCGUCUCUCACCUCAGUCACCAAAACUGCCCAUUUCAGCUACUUCCUGUCAAAAGCCUCAUCCACUGCAUCCUCAAAUGAAAUUGUUAACUCUAUAAAAUAAGUCUGCUUACUUUCAGAGUACAUCACCAUAUCCAACCUCAGCAUAGUUAAAGCAGUGCAAAAUGGGACCUAUGUUUUCUGUGUACUUCUAUCUAUAUGUCUGUUUGUCUGUCUGUCUCCAAAUAAAAAUUUAAUGUGACUCAUAACCAUUA